AUGGACCCUCCGCCGCUUGUGCCGUUCGUCCCCGCCCACAAUUUCGACGCCGUGGAGUUCCGCGUCACCGUGGCCAGCGAGCCAGGGGAGGUCCCCUCGCAGCUGGUGGUGAGCCACAUCAUGGAGCAGAUUCUGCACCGGGACAAGCGCGGGCCCGCCAUGAGGGCGUUCUUGGUGAAGUACGGCGUCGACCCGCUGGCCGAGCUGCCCGCGGCGAUCUCCAGCGACGUCGGGCUGCCGCUGGGCCCGCUGGAGCUCCCGCCGACCACGACGCCCGCGCCGCUCCCGCCUGGCGGGGCGGCAUCGCUGCCGAUGCGGCCCGCGCCGCUCGCCUACAGCGCCCGCGGGCACACCGAGGAGCACCAGGCUCCCCAGCCCCUUGCUUACGAGGGAAGUCCUGGAGGCAUCGCGCGGCGUGCAGCAGUUGUAGUAUCUAGCUAG